UUCAUCUCCUGUUUGUGUGAGAAACCAAAUUCAAAUUUUGUGUCAAAUUCAAGUUUCAAGCACAAGUCGACCCCUGCUCCCUACGUACUUCUUCAGGUCACCUCUAAUGUUGAACUCAUCUCUUGUUUCUAGGGUUCCAUAUUUUUAGUCCUUUUGAUCGACGUUGGACUAAUUCAAUUCUUCUACUUGACGCGUUUUCAAUUGAAUUUUGGUCAACUAAAAAUCUGCUAUUGAAUCUUUCCUUGAUCUUAUGUUUGAAUUCAAGCAUUACUACUUCGUAUCUUAUAUAUUAGCUUCAUUUUUGUUCCUUGAGAUCGAUCAUAAGAACAAGUCGAAUUUGGUUUAUUCAAAGUACGUAUAAAUGAAUUCUGCCUGUUUACCUUUUGAUUGCCUAUUAUUCCUAUGAGGAUUUGAUGUGUAUAAUGUAAUAGUAUAACUGAAGGGUUUUUUUGUGUGUGCUGAAAUGUGUUGAAUCACUAGAUGUACAUACCUUAUUAGCAUAUCAUGAUGUUAGGAAGUUUCAUUCACCAUCACUGAUAUUACUGGCUUUUGAUAUUUUUAGACCAGAGUGUGCAAGGUAUAAUCAAACUCCUUCACAUUGUUUCUCUAUUCCUCUUCAAACACAUCUCACUUGUUGUUUCAGUUAUGUUCUACUUAAGGUGUUUAUGCAUUGCAUAAGGAGUUCCAGGAGAUUUUCAUCAGUGGAGUUUGGCUUCUCUAGGGAUCACCAAUGUGAACAAGAUCCUAUCAAAUUACAAAUCAUAAGUUUGCAGAGAUAGGUGCAAUGGAGAUAUCGCCAUUGAAAGUGCUUCUCAAAAACAUUUCUAGUUUUCUUCACAUGUCAUGCCGUGAUAAUGAAUGCUGUGAAAUUGUUGAAAAGUACUACAUCAAGAUUGAAGAAGUGCUGAAGUUAAUUAAGCCAGUACUUGAAUCUAUUAUUGAUGCUGCAGUGGCUUCAGAUGAAUCACUACAAAAGAAAUCUGCAGGCAUAAGCCAGUCUGUCGAUGAGCUCAGGGAGCUUUUUGAAGAUUGUCAUCCAUUGAUGAGUAAACUUUACUUUGUUUUGAAAGUCGAAUCAUUGUUUGCAAAAGUUAAGACCCACGGCCUAGAACUCUUUGAGCUGCUGCAAUCUUGUGAAGGACUUCCUGUUGAACAGAGUUCAUCAUCAGUUGAGCAUUGCAUCCAGAAAAUUAAGCAUAUGAGGUUUGAAAAUUCAUCAGCUAUUGUCUCCGAAGCUAUAAGGUAUCAGGUGGAGGGCUCCGAACCUAGCUCAGAUACCAGGUCCAAAAUUGCCGAUCUGCUUAGCUUAAGGUCAAAUCAAGAACUUCUAAUAGAGGCCGUUGCCCUUGAAAACUUGAAAGAGAAUGCCGAACAAGCAGAAAAGAUUGUGGAUGUAGAAUAUAUCGAAGAAAUGAUUGCUCUUGUUACCCACAUGCAUGAUUGCUUUGUGGAGAUGAAACAAUCACAGAGCUGCAGCCCUGUACCAAUACCUCCAGACUUCUGUUGCCCGCUAUCACUUGAACUGAUGACCGACCCUGUAAUUGUAGCUUCUGGACAAACAUAUGAGCGGGCAUAUAUCCAUAAUUGGAUUGAUCUUGGGCUUACCGUUUGCCCUAAGACAAUGCAAACGCUCGGUCACACUAAUCUUAUUCCUAAUUACACAGUAAAGGCACUGAUUGCAAAUUGGUGUGAAUCCAACAACGUUAAGCUGCCAGACCUUGCAAAGAUCACGAGCUUGAACAAACCCAGUUCGCCCAGAUCGACAUGGACUGUGGGUUCACCGAAGAACUUAAUUGUGUCUAGUGCGACCAAUCAGGAAGAAGCUUCUAUGGUGCAUCAUGUCCAUUCAUCUUCAGAGGAUUCCAUAACUGGAAAUAGGCAUGAGUUGAACAAUAAGAAUGACAAUUUGGCUGAAUCUGAGGAGAGAAGUUUGGAUUCAGGUGGACCUUCAGCCAGUGGUGGAGUGGGUGAAGGGUCACUGGAGGGCCAUAAGAGGAGUACUUCAACUUCCGGCUCACCUAUCAGUAGACACUUUUCUCAAGAGAUCACUCAUGAUGCAAAUGAGGAAUCUUCGCCAGAUUCAGCAGCAGCAAACAACGGUGAUGCUUCAGGGGAGGUGGCGGCAGAGCCUCAGCCCGCCAUUACUACCGCCAUUCCUCCACAAAGGGAGCAUGAAUAUUCACCUCGACUCGGACAUAGAUCACGAAAUCAAAUAUGGCGCAGACCAUCUGAAAGAUUUGGACCAAGAGUAGUUUCUUCUUCAGCUACUGAAACGAGACCCGAUCUCAGUGGAGUUGAAACCCAAGUCAAAAAGUUGGUUGAGGAUUUAAGUAGCACUUCACUUGAUGCAGUAAAGGAUGCUACCGGUGAACUCAGAUUACUUGCGCGCCAUAAUAACGAUAAUCGAGUUGUCAUAGCCAACUGUGGUGCCAUCACCUUAUUAAUAAGCCUGCUCCGUUCAGCUGACCAAAAAGUCCAAGCAAAUGCAGUGACUGCACUUCUGAACUUAUCGAUAAACGAUACCAACAAAACCGCUAUUGCUAAUGCGGAUGCAAUAGAACCUCUGAUUCACGUCCUCGAGACCGGAAGCUCAGAGGCCAAAGAGAAUUCCGCUGCAACCCUUUUUAGUCUCUCCGUUAUCGAAGAUAACAAGAUAAGAAUCGGGCGGUCUGGAGCAAUUGGACCGCUGGUUGAUCUAUUAGGGAAUGGAGCUCCAAGGGGGAAGAAGGAUGCAGCCACGGCUUUAUUCAACCUGUCAAUAUUUCACGAAAACAAGUCCCGAAUUGUGCAGGCUGGCGCUGUUAAGUACCUUGUGGAGUUGAUGGACCCUGCAGGUGGGAUGGUUGAUAAGGCAGUGGCAGUUCUGUCGAAUCUUUCUACGAUCCCGGAGGGAAGAGCCGCGAUUGGUCAGGAGGGCGGCAUACCGAUGCUGGUUGAAGUGGUUGAAUUGGGUUCAGCCAGAGGGAAAGAGAAUGCUGCAGCAGCACUUCUACAGCUCUGUACUAAUAGCAGUAGAUUUUGCAAUAUAGUGCUCCAAGAAGGAGCAGUUCCACCAUUGGUGGCUCUAUCACAAUCUGGUACCCCAAGAGCCAAGGAGAAGGCUCAAUCACUGAUCAGCUACUUUAGAAACCAGCGUCACGGCAACGGCGGGAGGGGCUAAGGAACGGAAUUCGAUGCCAUUUUCGGGUAAGUUCUGUAUACAAAUGCAUAUGAUUAUUUAAGGUCGGCAAUGGAAAACAUGAUUUCUGGAGUUUUUUCAUAGAUUCUUCUUGUUUCUCACUUCAUCAUAUGUAUGUAGACCACCUCAUUUGAUCAUUUAGAUUCAUAAUUUUAGUUUGUUUAGCUGCAAAUAAACUACUAAUUUCAUAAAAACAUAUCAAAAUGUGACAUUGAUUUUUUUAAGAAUUAAUAUUAAUUCGAUUUAUCAUUGCUAA